AUGCAGGACGGACUGGACCUGAGUGCAGUGGGGGCAAAGCCUCCGAGUAAACUGGCCAUGUGUCUCAAGCCACGCUACCAUUUUGCAGCUCUACACCAAACCUUCUAUGAGAGAAUACCGUACAGGAAUCACAAAAUCCUCCAAGGCAAGCCACAUCAUGUGACACGGUUCUUAGCUUUGGCUCAAGUGGGAAAUCCAGACAAGAAGAAAAGAUACCUGUAUGCAUUCUCUGUCACACCCAUGAGCUCCAUGGACGAGAAAGAGCUGACUCAGCAACCACCCACUGCCACCAACUGUCCCUACACUGAACUAGUCAAAUCUUUGAGGGAGUCUCAAGAGGAGGCUGGGCCUAACUUCUUCUUUGAUCAGAGGGCUCUUGAUUCUGCUCAUCGUAAACAGAAGAGACAACAGGACGGAGGACCCCCUGCAAAGAGACGACCCCCUCCCCAGCCCAGGGGGCCGUGCUGGUUCUGUCUGGGGGGCAAGGAGGUGGAGAAACAUCUCGUGGUCUCCAUUGGAGAUCAUACGUACCUGGCUUUAUCCAAGGGUGGGAUGGUACCAGAGCAUGUGCUGGUCCUACCCAUCGGUCACUAUGCAGCCUCCACUGACGCACCACCAGAGGUUUUAGAGGAGCUUGGACAGUUUAAGAGUGCUCUGAGGAAGUACUUCAACAGCAAAGAUCAGUCGUGUGUCAUCUUUGAAAGAAACUAUAAAUCACAGCAUCUUCAACUACAGGUCAGUACCGUCAAGGCCGUAUUAUCAUGUCAUGUGAUUGAUACUGUAUGGUUGGUGUGUUGAGAUUAGGCUACAAGGUUUUGAGGGCAAACAGAGGAAUGUGAUUUCUCUUUUUAAUCAUUCAAUGGUUCAGGGACUCUUUCAACUGCCAUAACUUGAAUUCAAUUUCAACGGUUUUAUGAUUUUAGAAAGAGGCCAUCUAUCAAAGAUCGUGAUGUCAUACAAUAUAGGUCUUUGCAAUCUUAUUUGUGAAGCCAUUAGCAUUCGCAAACUUACAUAAUUCUGUGGAAACAUUGUAUAAAUACGGUACAUGUUAGUGUGUGUAUGGUAGAUGUGUUGACUGAUAGUUGUGUAUGGUUAGUGUGUGAUGGUAAUGAUGGUCACUGUAGGUUAUUCCAGUGACCAAGAUUCCAUUAGCCUCGAUCCCAGGCCGCACUUCCCGCUAGGGAAGUAUCGACUGCUUGCGCAUGCGCUAAUAUCCCCCCGGUAUCUGGGGGCUUUGGAUAACAUCGUUUAUGCUCAGUAAAACUAUGACAUCACAACGAAAGGAAGUGGAUUGAAGGAAGUAGAUAGAAAGUUCGAUUGAAGGUUUCUAGCCCAUCGGAUAGCAUUCUCUGAUAGCUACCCUUAGCCUGCUAUGUUAACAAAAGACUCACAGCCUGCAACAGUGUGGAUGACGAUCGUCUGAAAGGAGUGACGGCUGAUAAGAGCCUAUAUGGACAGGCCACGCCCAUUUAACACUAACUUUGGUGAAAGUCUACUAUACUACUGCUACUGAUUCUAUCAGAAGAAAAUAGCAGUACAACAAACCUACACAGCUCUGUUUCUAGCUAGCUAGCUAUAUAGCUCUGUGUAUGACUUUUAGGAUAUUUUCUCUGAUGUAUCCAGUAUUAUAGGAAUAUUUACGGGGAAAAAAUCCAAUAAUUUGGCGCAUGCGCAAGCAGUCGAUAGCAGGCCUUCUUUCAAAGGCCGGUGAAGGAGGCUAAGAUUCCAUCUGAUGCUCUGAGACAAGCCUUCAUAGAUUAUGGGUGGAGUAUGGGGUGUGGCUUGAGACUGUGCCCAGGGAAACACCACCCUCAGAGGUAACACACUCACAUCAUACCUGUACCAUGUUCUACGUACCAUUCUCUAGGCCUUUUAGUGAUCAAUACUUGGUUUUGCUACACACACACACACACACACCUCUCCUCCCACACCACAUGCACACACACACACACACACACUGAUACUUAUUUAUUUUGACUAAUGCCUAAUGCUAACUCUAAGAACAUAAUGCUAUCUACUCCCAAUAGAAGACCAACAUGUACACACACACUGACACCGGAAUAUUUAGCUAAUAGUAUAUGAACCAGCUACCAGAGUCAUGGUCAUGCAACCUGUAAUUAAUUAAUGAGCCUUUCCCACCCAUAGGCCGAUUUAAUACCUAAAUGUAGAUAACGAACAGCCUGACCCUACCCCAACACAUUAUGCAUAAUAUAUACACUAGAACCAAGCUAUGGUACAUACUAUAGGUCAAGUUAUAGGAACCAAAAAAGCUGUUGUGAUUUCACCCACCCACACACACAGACAACUAGAACUCUGUGGUAAAAAAAAAAUAAUGGUACAUGUACAUAACCCUCAGUAGUAACACCUUGAGGGAGCCUUAAAUUAAAGCUCACAUGAUCCAAGCAUGCCAUAUAGAAACAAAUGGAUAAAAUGGAGUGUAACCAAAAAAAGUCAUCUGAAGCCAUCCAGUAAGUAAAGCAAUAUUUGGCCUUUAUAAUAUUAUUAUGCUGCACUUGUAUGAAUACAUAAAACUAAUUAUAUAGCACAUGUCAAAAUCCUUAAUUCUGUAUGCCCAAGAAACCAGCAGCAACUUAGCUCACGUGAAUCAUCGUAAUGACAACGUAUAGACCACCCCCACUAACAAGUUUACCCAUAACUACUGCUAGAAUAGGAAAUAAUGUAGUAAUGAAUGUUACAUGAUAAUUAUAGUAAUGCCAUUUGUUGGCAUUAUAGCAAAUCCGGACUCCAUAGGGAGUGGUUCCGCCUAUUCUGUAGUCGACCACGGGUCGGGAAAUUAAGGGAACCGAAACCCGUGGCCUGACGAGGAUCAGAUUAGGUUCUCCCCUGAUGACCGGUGCAUUCAAUAAACCAAGAGCAGAAGGCAUAAGCCUACUAACCUCGCACUACAAUAGAUACUAUAGCUCUUCCUGUGUUCACAUAAUAAUCAUGUACUAUUGGGUAGCUUAGGGUCAUUCGCAACACUCACGUGCAUUUUAUAAACAGUCACCAUGUGACUUAACCUUAGCACAGCAAGCUAAGCUACCUAUUUUAUACCUACACAGCACUUUAAAUUAAAACCUGUUAUACCAGAACAAUAAUUAUAUAGAUAGACUAUAAGAUCGGAUUACGCGGGACCUGUUACAAGUGAGUGUUUCUCUCUUUUCUACUCUUAGGCUGAGUCAGUAAUUAUGUGUCGGAAAGCCCGAUCCCACCUCCUAUACUUCUGUAUAUACCAUUCUCAAACACACACACACACACACACACACACACACACCUCUCCCACACAUACACAUACACACACAUACACUGGUGCCCAUACUUCCUGGCAGAGUUUGAUGGGGGAAAUGUGUUCACAAGACCAUUUUCUCACCAACUCACGCAGACAAACAACCAGAUCACUGAAUAUAGGUUAUAGUAUGUUUCUACUACUGUGAGCUCAUGAGGUAAACAGCACUCUCAAGUGAGUAGGUAAGAACAUAUCCAUGAGUCUCGUCACACCGACAAUGCACACCUCUAACCUUUCUAUUGCAUACUCAGCAAAUGUCUCUUCCACAAAUCUGUCAUCCUACCUAUCGAGUGAGCACACAAACUGUUCUAACCACCAGCCAAAAUAUCUACUCCACCAAUACCAACGGCAGUACCAACAACAAUACUGUGGCAUAUGAGAGCAGGACUCCCUCUGCUGCCACUGUUGCCCACAGCCUGCUCCCACCUUCCUCAGCGACGCCCUCACAGUCCUCUGACAGUACAAAGGUCAAGAAGUACGAGAGCAUGAAGGUGGAGGACAUUGAGAACUAAAUCACUGACACUUGCAAAAAAAAAAACAUUAGUAGUGUACUCUAUUUAUUCUUGUAUGAAAGAGCAAUGUUGUUUUGUCGUAGCGAUUAUCUUUAGAAUCCGAUAGUCUAAUUUAAUGUAUAAUAAUAUUAUUAUUAAACAUUCAAUAAUAAUUA